UUCCUCCACCCGACGCCAUUGAUUGAACAGGGAGAGGCAAGGGAAAGGAGAAAGGGGAAGGGGGCAACAGGCGCGUGCUAAUUCUUGCCGGAUCCGCGGUGACUGCGCUCGCCGGCGGGGAAGAGGAGGGGGCGCAGGCGGCGAGCCCUCCAUCCAGUCUUUCUUCACCUCCGUGCUCUCCGGAUCUUCGGCCAGGGCGAGGACAAGGACGAGAUGGCCACGCGCAACCGCAACACCGCCGCCGCCGCCGCCGCCGCCGCUCCGCCGCUUCACCAUCGCAACCGAGGUGGUGUUCCCGCUCUGGGAAAGCAGAAGGCCGUCGCGGUCGCGACCGGCCGAGCUGGCGCCAUGAACCGCCGAGCCCCCCUGGGCGACAUCGGCAACUUCGUCAGCGUCCACGCGGCCGAAGGGAAGCCGCAGGUCAACCGCCCCAUCACAAGGAGCUUCGCUGCUCAACUAGUGAAGAACGCGCAGGCGAAUGCCGCCGCAAACAAGCAGAAUGCGGCAAUCCCACCGGCGAGGCCUGCGCCGAGGCUGGAGAGGAAGGCUCCUUCCAAGCCGCCUCCUCCUGAGAAUGUCGUAGAGAUCAGCUCCGAAUCUGACCAGAGCAAGACGCAGUCCGAGAGCAGCGCCAGCUCCGUCCGCUCGAGGAAGAAGGUCAUCAACACCCUUACCUCUGUUCUCUCGGUUCGCUCAAAGGCUGCCUGUGGAAUCACUGAUAAGCCUCGAGAAGUGAUUGAAGACAUCGACAAGUUGGACGUCAACGAUCAGCUCGCAGUCGUGGAAUAUAUUGAGGACAUUUACACCUUCUACAAGACUGCCGAGCAUGAGAGCCGGCCAUGUGACUACAUGGCAGCUCAGGUGGAGGUCAGCCCAAAUAUGAGGGCUAUCCUGGCCGAUUGGAUAAUUGAAGUACACCACAAGUUUGAACUGAUGCCCGAGACUCUCUACUUGACUAUGUACAUCAUCGACCAAUACCUCUCGUUGCAACCAGUCCUGCGAAGGGAGCUGCAGCUUGUGGGCGUUUCAGCCAUGCUGAUCGCCUGCAAAUACGAAGAGAUUUGGGCCCCCGAGGUGAAUGAGCUCAUCCUGAUAGCAGAUAGUGCAUACAGUAGGGAGCAGAUCCUUUCAAUGGAGAAGGGAAUACUAAAUAGGCUGGAGUGGAACUUAACUGUUCCUACAUCAUACAUGUUCCUUGUUCGCUUUAUCAAGGCGGCAUGUUCGGGUAUCAAAACUGACAAAGAGAUGGAGAACAUGGUCAUCUUCUUCGCGGAGUUAUCGCUGAUGCAAUAUGGCUUGGUGACACACCUGCCUUCAAUGGUUGCUGCCUCUGCUGUCUAUGCGGCAAGGCUCACUCUCAAGAGGGCUCCACUUUGGACUGACACCCUCAAGCACCACACAGGCUUCAGAGAGUCAGAGCUCAUGGAAUGCACAAAAAUGCUCGUGAGCGCACAUGUGGCAGCACCGGAGAGCAAGUUCAGGGUCGUCUACAAGAAGUAUUCCAGCGAGAAGUAUGGAGGGGUCGCACUACGUCCACCAGCAAAGGAGAUAUGCAAAUAAACGAAGAUAACUUCGUCUUGCUUUGCUUUCGAGAGUCUUACAUUUGCUAGGUUUUAUUCUUGUUUGGAGUCAAGAAAGUUUGAACAGUUGAGAUAGUCAAGAAUAGGUUUUAUUUGUUUGCUGGGCUGUUCUCAUGGAGGAGUCAGGAAUGUGCAUACGCCUUGGUGUAUAUUCCUGUCGUCAGAAUUUAUCAAUAGCAAGUUAUUCACAAAUAUGAAUGCUGAUUGGAAUGUUUGCUGAUUUGAAAUUCGUUUUGCUUAGUAUCAUCUGAAUCAAGCAUGAACGGAUUGCAAAUCAGAAUUUCUUUUUGCUUGGUGUAUAUACCUGUUCUCGUUUGUUGAUGUUA